AUGCGGCCGCCGGAGAUGUCAUAUAGUCCUGCCUAUCACCAGGCCCAGGACUCCCUCGGCGCCGCGGCUCGCCAGUCGAUCCUCGCUCCUCUGCCUCGUCGAUCUCUAGAUCCUCCCCAGCCGAGCCAUCCAGCCCCUCGGCGCCCCUCCAACGACAGCCCGGGCGUCCCAGUGAGCCCACGCUCCUCGACCCGGGGCUCCCAUACCUAUUCUCCGGAAACACCCCACCGUGUCUCCCGAAUGGACGAGGACUCGACCGCUACGAGGAUCGUGGCCUCUGGUGGCAUCGUCCAUAAAGAAGAACGUUCCCCCGGCAGCUGGACGGACCGGCCCUCGUUGAUGUCGGCUGAGCACUCGGGUACCAUUCGUGCACACAAGCGAAGUGCCGUCCCUGAGGUUCCCGCCGUGGAGAGCCAGGAUGCGUUGCUCAUGAUUUUCCGCCUCUCUGUCCCGGUCCCCAUUUACUCAUUUGCGGCCUGCAUCUAUACAUGUUGUGCCUUGAUAUUCGCUCUCCUGAUUUCUCCUCUCCGUCUCUGCCCGCCUACCCCAUAUCUUCGCAACACAUCCCUCAAAUCCCAACUAUGUGAUCUCCUAGCGCCAGCUUUGCACACCCACGAGCGCCUCGUGCACCUGCGGCCGCCAGCAGCGGAACGGUCCUCCUCAACCCAAUGGAUCCAUGCCGACCUCGAGUCCGAUCAGUCUCCACCCCUCGGUGAUCUGACCAGGUGUUAUGCCGUCGGCGCAUCCAUUCUGAUCUUAAUUCUUUCCCCACUCCUCAGUAUCGCCAUCCUUCUCUGCGCCUGGACGGCGGCCUCAUUCUGGGUCUUUGCCAUGGUGAUGGGUAACCCGGACGGCACCGAGCGGAAAGAUGAUGGUCGUGCUGCUGUACUCGGUGUCUGCAAAUGGUGGCAGACUUGGCUGUGCAAGGCCCGGAAGCCCUCAUGA